GUCCGCGCGGAACCAGGUACGCUUAUCCAUGUCCAUGGCCACGAAAAUCACGGACUGACUUGUCACAUUCACUUGGCAGUAUCUGUCCGUAAGCGAUACCAGCCAAUGAAUGUACCAGCAAGGAGUUUUUGAAGGAGCAACGCCAACGGUGUAGAUCUACCAGACUUCCGUGUUGGGUCGUUUACGUCCAGGCUGUUAUGAAACGCAAUCCGGUCGGAGCUACAGAAUAUGGUGUGGGGAACAGUUUUGUGGCGAUGAAACUGUUACUUCUCCGCCUUUAGUUCUCCGAAUCGCAAGCAGUAGUGAUCCUUCAUUCGUGUCCUCUCAAUAACACUGAUUUGGACGAUACAGCAUUUACUGCUUUGUCGAUAAGCGUCUGAGGCAGCACCAACGACCUGGAAAACCGCUCUUGUGUUUGGAGUCGAUCCUGAGGGCUGAGCGUUAGCAAGCGUGACCAGCCUUUCAAACAUGCUAGAGGCUUGGAGGCUUUCCAGCAUAUUGCUGCUGGCAUUGCUGGUGGUGACAUGCCAUAGUACGUCACCGCCACACAGCGUAUCAACACAGCCAGCCUUCACCACAGCAACUGCUGCAUCCACCAAUGUACCAACAACUGCGGCAUUGGCAAAUGUAUUAACAACUGGACCAACAACAGACAGCCUGGGUGAAGCAAGUAUCAUCGAAUGUAGGCACCCUCAAUUUUCAUACCCAAACACCACCAACCCCCUUUCUCAUGCCGUAAUAUGGAGGACCUACAAAACAGGAGAUGUUAGAUUUAACAUCAACUCUACGGUCACAUACUACUGCUCUCCUGGAUACAACCUAAUAGGACCAAGGAAUCUAACAUGUAACAGCAAUGGUUCUUGGAUUCCAGCAAUUCCACCAACUUGUUUAGCCAUCAAUUGUUCCGCCCUGGGUCCUAUAGACCUACCAAAUGGCUCCUACAACCAAACAAAUAUAACUGGGCUUAACCGGUACGAUCAUGAGAUCAACUUCUACUGCAAUAUUGGCUAUGAGGUGAAUGGGUCCAUUGUAACCAAAUGUGAUGCCACCGGAAAUUGGUCUUCUCCAAUUCCAAAGUGUAGUAUUGUGGACUGUGGCAUGCCAUCAACUGGUAAUAACUCUAUACUCACCAAUGUCCCAAGUACACUGUUCAACAGCACUACAUCAUUUGCAUGUAUGAUUGGAUUCAACAUCAGUCAAGGUGAUACAGAAAGGACGUGCUUGCAGACUGGAGAUUGGAGCGGUAGUCCUUUGCAUUGCGAUGACAUAGACUGUGGUCCACCAAAUUCGUUGAUGUAUGGCAAUGUAUCAGUUGAUCUUACUACGUAUAACACCACAACAUACUUUUCUUGUUCCCAUGGUUUCAAGCUUGUGGGCCCUGCUACUCAACGGUGCUCUGAAAAUGGUGUGUGGGACCCUGAAGUUCAACCGAAAUGUUCUGCUAUCCAAUGCAAAUCCAUUGUUGCUGGAGAGCCUCCCAACGGCAUUAACUACUGGCUUGAUAUACCCUGGACUGGCCCGUAUACUGUCGAUCAUAAAGUGGGCUUCUCAUGUCAAGAGGGAUAUGAGUUGAAGGGUGAAAAUGAAACCAUUUGCAUGCCAAAUGGCGCUUGGUCCAAUCCAGUGCCUAAAUGCCAGAUACUAGACUGCGGAGAGCCUCUAUCUACCAACCAUUCAACUGUUGUCCAGAAGUCCAACACCACCUAUAACAGCAGUGUCAUGUACCAAUGUGAUACCGGCUUCAAUCAAAGCACAGGUGACUAUCAACGUACGUGCCUGGAGACAGGAGAAUGGAGUGGCUCUGCUCUGCAAUGUUCAGUGAUUUCAUGUGGCCAUCCUGGGCAUCUACCAAAUGCAACAGUGAGCGGUGAUCUUAGCUUUGUGUUCAACAAAACCGUCAGUUACUCCUGCAACCGGGGUUUCAAUAUGACUGGGCCAUCACAGAUAACUUGCGUAGCGACCGGAAUCUGGGAGCCGGUAGAGGAGCAGAACUGCUAUAUCAUUACUUGUCCAACUCUCAAUACAACAGGUGAAGUCAGAAGAAAAACUUCAUAUUCUCCCGUCACAGGCCACCUUACUGUUGAUCAUGAGGAGCAAUUCUCUUGUUCACCGGGGUACAUUCUACUUGGUGCUAAUGCCACUACAUGCCAGGUUAGUGGACAAUGGUCCAAUCCAGUGCCUAAAUGCCAGAUACUAGACUGCGGAGAGCCUCUAUCUACCAACCAUUCAACUGUUGUCCAGAAGUCCAACACCACCUAUAACAGCAGUGUCAUGUACCAAUGUGAUACCGGCUUCAAUCAAAGCACAGGUGACUACCAACGUAUAUGUUUGGAGACAGGAGAGUGGAGUGGUUCUACAUUGCAAUGUUCAGUUGGAUCAUGCGGAAUACCUGGCAAUCCAGCCAAUGGAAGUAUAAUUGGGAAUCCAUCCUUCACGUUCCAUACAACUGUGGAAUAUAAAUGCCAAGCAGGAUUCAAUAUAACUGGUCCAACAACAAGAUCAUGUCUUGCAAAUGGAGAUUGGGCACCAAAGGAAGAACCUAAGUGCUCGCUCAUCACCUGCGAUCCUGCACAAGCAGGAAAACCAUCCAAUGGACACGUUUCACCAGCAAUAGGACAAUUUGCUGUUGGUGACAAAUUGCAAUUCACCUGCAAUAUCGGCUACACGCUACAAGGAGCUAGUGAGACAGCGUGUCAGAGUAACUCACAGUGGUCCGAUACCGCAACAACAUGUACGAUUGUUAACUGUGGGUCACCACCAUCUCACCACACGUCUAGUGUGCUGGCCCCUAGCACGGUAUAUAGAAGCACAGCCAGCUAUACAUGUUUACCUGGUUUCCAGCCCAGCUCUGGCCUGAAUCAGCUAACAUGUCAGCCCAGUGGCCGAUGGAAUGGAGGUGCACUGGUUUGCUCACGGAUUCGUUGUUUAGCUCUUCCACACUUGUCGAAUGGAAUCAUACAACAAGGUCUGACAUCACAGUUUGCCUCUGGGGAGAGGUUCAACUUCACUUGCAACACAGGGUACAAUUUGAUUGGCCACAACUCUACAGUUUGUCAAGACAAUGGGCAAUGGUCGAAUCCUCCUCCCACGUGCAACGUAGUGGACUGUGCCCAACCUCCCGAUGGCAACAACACAUUUUCUAAUUUUUCCGCCACAGUGUAUGGAAGUGAAGUGACCUAUACCUGCCUGAGUGGGUUCCUAGCAGGGGUGGGAGAUUUCCUGCACACGUGCUUGGAGACAGGAGAAUGGAAUGGAACACUGCCCGAGUGUGCUGUUGUAUCAUGCGGAAUACCUGGCAAUCCAGCCAAUGGAAGUGUAAUUGGGACUCCAUCCUUCUCGUUCAAUACAACUGUGGAUUAUAAAUGCCAAGCAGGGUUCAAUCUAACUGGUCCAACAACAAGAUCAUGUCUUGCAAAUGGAGAUUGGGCACCAGAGGAAGAACCUAAGUGCUCGCUCAUCACCUGCGAUCCUGCACAAGCAGGAAAGCCAUCCAAUGGACACGUUUCACCAGCAGUAGGGCAAUUUACUGUUGGUGACAAAUUGCAAUUCACCUGCAAUACCGGCUACACACUACAAGGAGCUGGUCAGGCAACGUGUCAGAGUAACUCACAGUGGUCCAAUACCGCACCAAGAUGUACGAUUGUUAACUGUGGGUCACCACCAUCUCACCACACGUCUAGUGUGCUGGCCCCUAGCACGGUUUAUAGAAGCACAGCCAGCUAUACAUGUUUACCUGGUUUCCAGCCCAGCUCUGGCCUUAAUCAGCUAACAUGUCAGCCCAGUGGCCGAUGGAAUGGAGGUGCACUGGUUUGCUCACGGAUUCGUUGUUUAGCUCUUCCACACUUGUCAAAUGGAAUCAUACAACAACGUCUGACAUCACAGUUUGCCUCUGGGGAGAGGUUCAACUUCACUUGCAACACAGGGUACAAUUUGAUUGGCCACAACUCCACAGUUUGUCAAGACAAUGGGCAAUGGUCGAAUCCUCCUCCCACGUGCAACGUAGUGGACUGUGGCCAACCUCCCGAUGGCAACAACACAUUUUCUAAUUUUUCCGCCACAGUGUAUGGAAGUGAAGUGACCUAUGCCUGCCUGAGUGGGUUCCAAGCAGGGGUGGGAGAUUUCCUGCACACGUGCUUGGAGACAGGAGAGUGGAAUGGAACACUGCCCGAGUGUGCUGGAUGUAGUCAUCCUCACUAUUUAUACCCAAACACCACCAACACAAAUGACCAUGCUACAAUAUCCCUGCGGAGCAGCGACACAAGAACGGAUAGCAAAUUCCCCAGGAACACUACGGUCACAUUUUACUGCAAGGAUGGGUACAACCUAGUAGGGUCAAGGAAUCUAAAAUGCAACAACAAUGCUACUUGGAUCCCAGCAAUUCCGCCAACAUGUUCUGCCGUCAGCUGUUCAGCCUUGAGUCUUGUAGAUGGAUGUAUACCACACGGCUUCUGCAGGCACAGAAAUACAACCGGCAACUUCCGGUAUGGCCAUGAAAUUGAGUUUCACUGCCAUGAUGGGUAUAAUCUAGAUGGGUCGAAUACAACCAGAUGCAAUAAGACUGGAGAUUGGUCUGCUCGAAUUCCAAAGUGUAACAUUGUAGACUGUGGAAUACCUUCAAUUGGAUAUAACUCUAUGCUAGCCAGUGUCCCAAGUACACAGUUCAACAGCACUUUGCUCUUUGAGUGCAUGACUGGAUUUGACAUUAGUCGAGGUGAUGCGCAAAGGACAUGCCUGCAGACUGGAAAUUGGAGCGGUGGGCCAUUACACUGUACCGGUGACUCGCUGGCAUCUCCAGAAGAUGCCAAAGUGAGUGAUACUCCAGUAAUAGCGCUUUCUGCGGCGUUGGGGCUGGCCAUUUGUGUCAUCAUAAUCAUGAUGAUCAUAGUCAUCAGACAUCAAUCUCAACAUAGGUCUGCAGCUGUGAGAAAAAAUGUGAUGAAUCCAUCUACUGCACAGCACCCAAGCCUGAUACCGUUAGACGAGCUGGUGGCAAAUGAAGCAUACGGAAUCACUGCUGUUCCUGAGCAACUCUAUGCUGAGACAUCUGAGAGCGGGAAUGCAACAAAUACCUCAGUGGACACAAAUGAAGCCCCAUCAAGUCCAUUGCAAGCAGCCACAGCAAAUAGUCCUUACGCCUGUUUGAACGAGAUUACAUCCAGUGGAGCUACAGGAAGUUCAGCAGAGCGUGCUACAUACACUUCUGCCACUGGCCACACAUACGAGGUCCUCAACUUGAAUGGAGCUCGAUCAAGUCCAUUGGAAACAGGAGCGGCGAAAAAUUCAUCUUACGCCUCUUUGAACAUGGCUACUCUUGGUGGAGCUGAGGGAAGCUCAGUAGAGCAUGAUGCAUCCACUGUUGCAAUAGGCCACACAUAGGAGGUUCUCAACCAAACCAAUUCUAGAAGCUACAUGCAUUACCGCCCAUGCAUCAGACACUGUGAUGGAUUGUGCAUACUAUUUUGGAAGAGAGAAAAAUAGAGGCACACACAGAAAAAGAGUGUACAGUCAAACCUCGCUUAUCCGGUCCUCGUUUAUCCGGAUCCCUCGCCAUCCGGAAGAUAAUCGCUGGUUACCGAUGUGCAGCAUAUGUUAUGCAUACAACAUGACCGGACUUCGCGAUCCGCAUACCGGUGCAUGAUUUUGCGUACACACUGGUUAAAAUGUGUACAACAAGCUUCGUCGUAUCCGGUUGCAUGUGGCUUGCAGAAGCUAGAAUCAGGGAGUUGUACAAGCAGAUGAGGUCCUUGACCUGCUGGGUACAUGCGGACAGCACUCAGCUGCAUGCACUUGUCAUUUUUCUGGCUUGUUUUACAUACUGUGCAGGCUAGUUGUACUGCAUAGGACCCGUCUACAUGUAUGUACAAUGUCACUGCUUUUGACAUGCCACAUGCACAUACAGUAUGUGUGUUCAGUUAUCCGGUUCCCUCGCCUAUCCGGAUAUUUUUGUGGAAAACAGAUGUGUGCGGUUAAGCGA